AUGCCACCUAAGUCUACCUCAAAUGUUACUGUCCGCCGAAAGUCUCGGGUCAUUGCGGGAGCCCCUCGUCCAAUGAAUGGCUCUUCUUAUUCCGCCGAGGAGAUUGAGACGCUCACCCCGCAGCAAGUGGCCUGGGUGGAGGAAAACCCUGAUUUUUGGAGUGAAGCCGAGGAUGAUGAUUCCGGCCAAGAGGAAUAUGAAGAUGUUCCCCAGGAUGGGGAUGGCCGCUUCGUCGAGAAUUACCCUUCCGAAGACUCCAAGGUCGCGGUGUCAUCUUCCACCGCUGCUGGUCGUUCGGUGUCUUUGCCUGAGGAGUUGGCUGUUGUCCAUUCUGAUGGCAUGGAUGUUGACAGUAACGAGACUGUGAAGCAUCCUCGUCGUGAUGUUAGUUAUCGUGGACAAACGUAUCCUCGUGUGUCGGUCUUUGCGGCAGGCAGGGAUGUGGGUCCUCCCACUGAGGAUAGGAAUGCCUCUGUGGCUCCUCCUGCGGACUUUGCUCGUCCGAAUGUCGCCGAUUAUGGUCCAUUGCCGGCUCAGGUUUAUUUAACCGAUGUCACGAAGGCGAUGAAGGGCUGGAAUCGUGAAAUUGUUCCAAAUUUUAGCGGAACUGACAGCAAAGAAGUCCGUAAUUGGAUGAACAAGUUGUCAAUUGAAUUGGCGGUUCGUUUUGUCCACCCGGGUAUCUGGCAUCAAGUCGGUAUCCGUUGCCUCGUUGGGAAAGCUCGCGAGGACUACAACGAUGUUAUGCGUGCUGGCAGUGACCCUCGUAGUUGGAAUUCGUUUGCGGACUGGUUGAUCGACCUCAACCCCGAGAUGUCCAAUAAGGCCGCUGUCGCCGCUGAAUACGCGGCACUCCGCAUGAGGCCUAAUGAAACGGCUCAGAACUUUUACAAUCGUUUUCGUGAUUGGCAAGUCAAAGCGAACAUCUAUCAUUAUUCGCAUGAUCCGUGUACGGGUUUUGUCGAGAGAUUGGUUCCAGACUUACGCUUAAGGAUCGAGGAUCAUGUGGCGGCUGAGGCGACUCGUCAGACUCCAAUGGAUUUCCCUCGAAUCGCUACCUUCACCAUGGAUACUGAUUGUCGGGCUAAAAUGGCGGCGGUGGAGGCUUCGAAGCGGUUUUCGGGUUCUUGUGGUGGUUUUCCUGGUCCGUCGGGUUCGAAGAAGGAAGCCGAUUCUGGUGAUAGUUCGUCGGGGAAGAAGCGUUCGGAUGGGGCGGUUCGAAAUUGUUACAAUUGCGGCAAGCCGGGACACAUUAGCGCUAAGUGCCCUCACCCAAAGUCGGAUCGUCAACGUCAGUACGAGGCUUCUGCUGCUUCUGGAAAGACUAAGUCUUUAAAUGUCUAG